GCUCUGUCGGACCUCACCUUGUAAUAAGAGGCUGUUUCUCGACCGCAAAACCGAUUACAAUAUAGCGAGCCCAGAUCACUGGUAUUCUCCGCACUACGCUCGUGCUCAUAUGAUCUGUGGAUGGGUCGUGUUCAGGAGCUAGUUGCUCCUUCCCGCAGUCGCACAGACUCGUCGCAGAGGCAGGCGCCGCAGUGACCUUCUUGUCGCGCAACGCCAGAUGAGCCGCAACUGCUGCUCAUAUGGACCCUUUGGGCUAUCAUGUACUAGUCAACCGCCUUUGUCCCGGAAAGAAAAGCUGAACAGGUCUUUGCUGUUAGCUGGAUCGGUAUAUGACUACGGCAAUGCAGACUCCCGUAACAAAACUAUAUCCGGCAACAUGCAAGCGCUGCUAGCCCGAAUGCUCUCAUCAAAUUGCUGCUGAUCUCAAGAAUUUUACUGCCCUACAAUCAGCAUCUGCAUAGCGGCUUACCUUUGC